GGCAUCUUCAGAGUCAACCUCUUCAAUGGCGAUUUUAAUGGGCCGCGUGGGCCAGCACAAGCCAAGAAAGCUCAGCAACGAUUUCAAGAGCCAGAUUAGCAAGCCAAUUCUCCAACCACAGCAGGCCCCUAUUCUUUCCGUUUCUGACGAGAAGGGCGAUCCUUUUGACGAUUCAGCCGCCGAGCUUCGACCUCAAGAAGGGCUUGCAGGAGCAGAUGAUGGCACUCGAAGAAGUUCGGGCUGGAAUAAAUACUGGUCAGGAGGAAGUGCGCUGAACAUUCUCGGAUAUGGAGCGUCACAGCCACCUGCACAAGCACAAGCACCCGCACCCGCCGCACCCGCACAAGUAUCCGCACAAAGAGCCACGGUAGUAUCGGACCGAAGCUCUCACUACUCACAGUCUCACUACUCACAAGCACCUACCACACGUAAUGCCAGAGCAACGCAGGAUUCAGCCACGGUUCCGCCUCUCAACUUUGAAGCCCCUCCUGGGAUGAACAGAGUCAAUACGGGAAGCCCUGUGGUUUCAUCCUACCCGGAUAUCCCUUGGAAAGAGGGCAUGGCGGGAAAGAUUGAGCGGCCUGUCUCAGCAGUCUCGGCACUUUCAGCAACGUCGUCGGGCUAUUCAAGCGGCAUUCCUGAGAGUAUCCAAGAGUCGUGGGAUCCCACGCAUGCCGGAAAGUCCUGGGGUGCCAACCGGGCUCCGAGCAGUGCAUAUGCUCCCAGCAUAGUAUCCAGCGCCCAGCCCCAAGGACUGGGCGUAAGCAAGCAGCCUAAGCUUGCCACGGCGUCGACAUCGAAUGACAUGAGCUGGCUCAACCUUGGUGAGAAUUCACGGGUGUGAGUCAAACGACAUGAUCAUGGAGCAAAGUCUUUUGAGCGAAAUUAAUUUUUUUUUGAUGAAUUGGUCGGCUUAUAUCCUCGAAUCUAUUUUGGGCGCGGUAUUCUCAGCGGCAUGCCGCUUUAAUUUUCUCUCACUCUCACUAUCUCAAUUUUUGUUUUAUAUUCCUCGCGGCCCGGAGCAGAGCAAACUCGCGUGUUCGUAAUAGACAUUGUACUGCCGGAAGCGCUGGUUCCUUUGAAGGAAUCACUACGCAUCGCAAUCUCGACCUGAGCUAGCCUGGACGCCUAGAUACGUGUUCGUUAUCUUGGCCUCACAGCAUAGCUUGGCGUCGAUAUCUCUGUUUGGACAUAUUGGACUCAUACUCUUGUUUUCUUUUCAUUUUCUUUUUCAUUUUCUUUUCUGUACAUUCUAGAAGCAAAGGCCCGGGCUUGGCCGUUUUCCUUGCGUGUCUUGCGAUUGAUGUUACCACCUCCCUAUAAGUAAUUCGCUGGAUGGAAGUUGGAGCAAGUAGAUGUUAGAUGUUGGUGCGGAUGGGGUAGAUGGGGUAGAUGUGGAUAGAGUUGAUGAUGGGGGUAGGAGGUGGAUGGAAAGAAGGGGGGAUUUUGAUAGAGCUAGGAGCAUGGGUAUGGAUGUUGAGCUGUAGGUAGCUGUCGAGAGGUGAAGGAAGAGGAUGAGUAGGAGAAAAUAUGACAAUCUGUGUGUUGUUCUUAA